CUUUCUUAUCCACGCGCUGUGCUUCACAACUCUCAUCCACUCCACGAUGUCUCUGACAAUUGGCAACGGUGGAGGAGGAGCAGCUAUCCUCCUCGGCAAUACCACCAAGAACCCGUACACCCACCUCCCCAUCCGGCGCCACGUCCUCUUCCCGCUGUCGACUAGGACCGCCAGUCUCCACGUGGUCUCAGCCAAGAGGUUCUCCUCCCGCACCGGGCGGCUGGACAGCAAGGACCGGAGGGGCACCGCCACAACCAAAGACCAAGAGGAAAAGCAGCUACAGCGUACGGCAGAGGAUACGUCUAGCAUUGAGAAUGUUGGUUUUGUUGCAGAUGGUGGCGCUGCUGCUGAUGGUGGAUACUUCUUGCCAGAGCUUCCGGGUACCAAGCCUGAUUUCUGGGAAGGGCCGCAGUGGGACGCUCUUGGUUUCUUUGUACAGUACAUGUGGGCUUUUGGCAUCGUUUUCGCGCUAAUUGCAUGUGGGAUUGCUGUGGCUACAUACAACGAAGGGGCGACAGAUUUUAAGCAGACUCCCGCAUACAAAGAAUCAAUCCAGUCUCGAGAGCUUUUAGAAGAACCUGAUUCAUCAAACUCUGAUGUGUUUGAGUCCAACCCAACUGAGGUGGCUCCUUCUUUGGAAUAGUCUCUCUCUCUCUCUCUAUAGUAGUCAAUGGAAACAAAUUAAGGUCUUCAUCUACCACAUGAUAUAAUUCUAGACAAAGAAUCAUUCCCACUGAGGGCUUCGAGGUAAUUUGCAUGAUAAUUUUUCUGCAUAUAUGUACUGUAACUUUUAGAUGAUGCAGAAAAAUUUGAAGCACCUAUUGAUAUGACCUCUGCUGUUCCCAUGUUCUUGUACCAAAUUUGAUAUAAAUUACACUCUUCAAGCUUGAGAUAUUGUAGAAAAUGUAAUUUGAUAGGGAACGUUUUUAA